AUGGCGGACUCGGAGAAAACCGCUGCGCCUAGCGUCCAGCCCACUGUUAUCGACGAGAAGAAGGGCGCUGUUGAAACCGUUGCCCCUGCUGCUGGCGUUGCAGUAGAUGCUGCUCGGCCCGUCACUGGCGAAAAGUCGUCGCGACCCAACUCAACAGCCGAGCCAACGUUGGAAGAUGACGACAACUUUGAAUACCCGACGAAAUGGAAGCUCACUGCCAUCACUCUGGCGCUUUGUCUGAGUGUGUUUUGCAUGGCACUGGAUAACACAAUUAUCGCAACAGCUAUUCCUCGUAUCACAGAUCAGUUCAAAGCGCUCAACGACGUGGGAUGGUAUGGGUCGUCAUACCUCCUGACAACUUGCGCGACGCAACUGAUCUACGGAAAGUUCUAUACAUACUACUCCAUCAAAUGGGUAUAUCUCAUCGCCCUCUUCAUCUUCGAACUCGGCUCGCUUAUCUGCGGUGUUGCGCCAAACUCAACAGCUCUCAUUAUUGGUCGCGCAGUCGCUGGUGUAGGAGCAGCCGGUAUCUUUUCUGGAGCCAUUCUGAUCAUCUCUGUUACCGUGCCGCUGCGUAGUCGUCCUACUUACAUGGGACUCAUUGGAGGCAUGUAUGGUAUUGCGUCUGUCGCUGGUCCACUUAUGGGCGGAGCCUUCACAGACCAUUUGACUUGGCGUUGGUGCUUCUACAUCAACCUUCCCUUCGGUGCCGCUACCGCUGCCUUCAUCAUCCCCUUCCUCAAUGUCAAGCGUCGCGGCAAGAAGGUUGAGGCUACCUGGAAGCAACAGCUUCAGAAGUUCGAUCUUCCCGGUACCGCGUGUUUCUUACCAGCUAUCAUCUGUUUGUUGCUUGCCCUCCAGUGGGGUGGUAGCAAGUAUGCAUGGAACAGUGGACGUAUCAUCGCGCUCCUAGUCCUCUUCGUUCUGCUCAUUGCCGGUUUCAUCACCAUCCAGUGGUGGAAGCAGGAGGAUGCUACCGUGCCCCCUCGCGUGUUCCUCAACCGCAACGUCUGGGGCAGUGCAUGGUUUGGUGCCAUGUUGGGUGCAGCAUUCUUCCUCAUCGUCUACUAUCUUCCAAUCUGGUUCCAGGCGAUCAAGGGCGCAUCGGCUACCAAGUCCGGUAUCAUGAACUUGCCUGCCAUCCUGGGACUCGUCAUCAUCUCAAUGCUUGCUGGUGGGCUCGUUACAGCUCUGGGCUACUACACCCCAUUCAUGCUGGUCUCGUCCAUCUUGAUGGCAAUCGGUGCUGGUCUCUUGUCCACGUUGGAAGUUGACAGUGGCUCCUCCAAGUGGAUCGGAUACCAGUUCAUCUUCGGUGCUGGAGUCGGUUUCGGUAUGCAGCAGACUCUUGUCGCUGUUCAGACAGUGUUGCCGGCCGAUGAUAUAGCUAUCGGUACUGCGAUUAUGAUGUUCACGCAAACCCUCGGUGGCGCUCUGUUCAUCUCAGUUGGCCAGAACGUCUUCACCAACCAGCUCAUCAAGAACCUCGCCAGCAUCGUGCCUGAUCUUGACGCAAGCAUCGUUCUCAGAACCGGUGCGACUGAGCUCAAGCAUGCUAUCGAUCCCGAAUAUCUGUCUGGUGUGCUUACAGCCUACAACCUGACUCUGACCCAGACGUUCUACGUCUCGGUUGCUUGCGGCACCGUGUCAAUUGUCGGCGCGGCGUUCGUGCAGUGGAAGUCGAUGAAGGGCAAGCAGAUCACCAUGGCUGCUGCGUAG